AUGUUUAGACCCGCCCUACGGUGUUCGCCACGAGUCGUAAACUCGCUUCGGCAGAGUGCGCUCCCGACCAGCGGAAGACGAUUAGCCUCAACAUCGGCCCCGAACAAGAAGCGAAGUUGGAAGAACUCGGCCGCGAGAUGGGCGCUCGCUAUUUCCCUCGUAUCCUGGUAUAGCACGAGUGCCGUCUUCGCCGAAGAAGCAUUGCCCAAGACGAUACAGCCGCCGCCCCAAUUUUCCGAUGAUGAUCUUCCCACGAUCGAGGCCGUCAUAGCGCAGAAGCGUCGAGAGGCUGAAGCACGUCGUCAAAAGGCCCUGUUGCCCGCCGAACAGCCGACCGCUACGCGCCCCCCCGAGACCCCCCCCGCGGCGCCGGCAAACGACGACGAGACGUCCGCUCAUGCUGCACCCCCUGCGGGAAGCCCGGAAGCAUUAGAAGAAGAGGCAAAUCAGCAGGGCGCCUUCAACCCGGAGACGGGCGAGAUUAACUGGGACUGUCCAUGCCUCGGGGGUAUGGCUCAUGGUCCUUGUGGCGAGCAGUUCAGAGCGGCAUUCAGCUGCUUCGUUUAUUCAAAGGAAGAACCCAAGGGGAUGGAUUGCAUCGAUAAAUUCCAGCACAUGCAAGACUGCUUCCGACUUCACCCCGAGGUGUAUGGGGAAGAAUUGGACGAUCCCGAUGAUGACGAGGUCUCUACAGCGACGCCCGGCGAUACCGCGGCAGCCGGCACGACAGCCCCAACCCGGAACCCUCCGGCUACCACAGCACCGGAAUCUGAAACUGCGGAGACGAAAGAAACAGGCUCCGAGGAAAACAAGGUAGCAGGGGCGGAGGCCACCCAGUUGAUAAAGGAGACGGAGAAGCAGAAUAUUCCGCCGGCGCAGCCUUGA